UACAAGUGCGUCUUUAUUGGCUGAGUCCAAGGUUACGAGUGCUUUUCUGUCCGGCGUCGGAAUAGUUUCUUGCACUGUCUAGGGAGUGUAGUGAUAAUCUGUCACAGCGUUACGCUUCUGAUUUGAAAUGACCGAAUCAAAGAUAGACCUUGAUGCUCUGGGAAAGAAUCAGCUGAAGAAUGUUGCUACGGGGGAGGUGGUGGAGAUGUCGUCGCUGUGGGCGACCCAGCCCCUCGUCGCAAUCUUCUUUCGUCGCUGGGGGUGCAUCUUCUGCCGGCUGUGGGCGAAAGAGGUCAGCAAGAUUGCACCCCAACUCCAGAAGAAUGGCGUGCGCCUCAUCGGGGUAGGUGUCGAGGACAUCGGCGUGCAAGAAUUCAGUGACGGGAAAUUCUUUGACGGAGAGCUUUUUGUUGAUGUCGAGAAGAAAACCUACAAGUUCCUGUCAUUCAAGAGGUUCUCCAUGUUCAGUGUCCUGGCCGCACUGUUCACGAGUGAAUCCAGAGCUGCUAUUGCAAAGGGCCGAGCGAUGAAGCUGGGAGGAGACCUGCGCGGCGACGGGCUGCAGAACGGCGGCGCCCUGGUGGUGGGGGCGGGCGGCUCGGGCGUGCUGUCCUACUUCAAGCAGGAGCGGCCGGCCGAGGUGCUGGACAACUCCACCAUCCUGGCCGCACUGGGGCUGCAGCCGGAGCCUGCAGGUGACACAGAAGAGAAGACAAAGGCAGAGUCUCCGAGUGACGGGACGAAGGUGCUGGAGGGCAAGUGCGAGAUGAACGGCGCAGCCGGCACUCCCGAGAAGCAGCAGGCUGCCAGUGCUACCGAGUAGCUCUCCAUCGGGGAGGGUUUGUGACAAAACCACCUUUUACUCCUGUCUACAUGUGUGUGUGUAUAUAUACAUAUAUCUUUCCACUGUGUCCCCUGUACCUGUCUGUGUGACACAAUUUCUCUGUGUAUUACUCGACUCCAGAUUUUUAUCAUUUUCCUGUGUGUAAGCAUGCAAAAAUUCUGCAGUUCAAUCUCCAAAGAGCGUAUCAGAAGGUCGACAGUUCUCGGCGAACUUUGUGUGUGACUCGUUACGUUAAAUGGUUGCGUCUGUGUUUUUCCCACCCACUUUAUGUGAAGGACUAGAGUUAUUGGUUGCCCUGAGAAAUGGGCAUUUCUGUCUGGGAAAGGAGUGUUGCGUCGUGGCUUGUGGCUACGGUCAGAUAUUAGCUGGAACUGUCUUGAGAGCGAGGCUCAGGUGUCGACUGUUAAAGCUAACAUCUGUCUGUCUGGUGGCUCUGCCAGCCUCAUUACGCGCACACUCACAUAUUUAGAGUUGGCUUGUUACUUCUAAAGUUAUCACUAACGGCAAUUACUUAUUAAAUUGUCAUCUCUAAACCAAAUCUUAAUAAUUCUCUUCCAUAACGUGAUUAACUAUUAUCUAUAUACACACUGCUGUGAGUAAAUUUAAUGUUAUACUAUCUAAAAUGAAUUGCAGCUUCACUUUCAUAAAAUAUAUUGCAAGUGGAAAAUACUUUAAUUACUUGCUCUGCAUGAUGAUAAAUUUAAUUGGACAUGAAAAUAUCACUUUUCCAGGAACAAGCAGUUUCAUAUUUUUGUAGCAUAGUACUUGCACGUGGUAAUGUAAGGUCCUCAGUGGAAUAUAAAUGAAAUUAGAAAAUGCCCGCUGUAUAUUUGAGGUUUGAGCCAAAAAAUGUUGAGAAUGCUAGCUUUUAGAUAAAUUCUUCUUCAGGCAUGUGGUGUGUGUACACGCGUGCGUGCCCUGUCUCUCUGAAGAAGAAUUUGUCCAAAACCUAUCAGUAUUGUGAAGCUUGUUUGUGUCUAUUGAUGACUCGGCAGCUCUGCUAUUCGGCAAGUUCUUACCUUUAUUUCUUAAAUUAUUCACCGUACACUUUACUUUUACCUCUGUUGUUUGCUCAGACUGAUAUCUUGCUAACAUAAUAAUUAAUUUUCAGAACUAUAAUAUAAUUGGCUAGAUAAAAAGUCUACUCACAAAGUGGCAGCGGGAGAGAACUCUCACAAAAUUCGAGGAAAUGUGGAAGUUUUUGAGGCCAGUAGCACCUUCUGUAAGAUGGGCGGAAGGUGCAGGAAGAGGGAUGAAGAAAAAGGACUGACAAGGUUUACGGAAUGUGGAGAGCUACUGAAAAGUUGUCUGGAACCCUGGUCGGAGCAGACGUACCGCAGGGGACGAGAAGGAAAGACCGAUUGUUGGGGACUGCAUCGGACGAGAUUCGAAAACCUGAGAGCGUAAUACUUCGACCGGCUUAUUUCCUAAACCUUGUCAGUCCAUUUCCUGCAUCCCUCGUCGUCCUUCUGCCAGAGGGAGGGGGGGGAGCCACUAGCACUAAAAGAUUACAAUUUCCUUAACUUCUACACGUUUCAUCCUGCUGCCACCUUGUGAGUAGAUUUUUUUAUCUAUCCAAUUAUAUUGUAAUAAAAAAAUUAAUUAUAUGAGCUGAAUGACCAGUCUUGCGGUUGGGUACCUCUGUAGGGACUUAUUACGUCCCUAAUGUACCUCAGUUAUUCAACUGGGCAAAGGGGACCUACAGUUUAACAUGGAAUGUGAACUGCCUGUUCCGGGUGAAGUCUCACAGUGUUUGAGACAUGAAGGCUAGAUUAAAAGCAGACUGAAAUUCUGUGGUCUGACCGGGAUUUGAUGCAGCAACCUCCCGGUUUCCAGAUGCGCACUUCACCACUAGACCACGUGGCCUGUCACUAAUAAUAUUCUCUUCAUUCGUUUCAUCCUAUUCUUAGACACGAGUUCCACCUUCAGAAUAUGCAUUUAGCUCCCACAGGAGAGCCGGAAGUGCCGCUUGCUGCCUUUUAAGAUUUAUCAUUAUGCGUCACAUCGAAGUACAAUGUAACUUUCCCUUAUACCAAAAUACCCGGAAAAAAAUCCGUGAACAGCCUCUAAAAUUCUGUUGAAGUUCAGGUUCAUACUAAGUUAAUUUUCAGUAUGAGUCUUUCUACAGUGACAUUUGGGGGAACAUUGAUGGUCCAUCAGUAAAAUGGCUAUUGGAAUCAGAUGGAUAGAUAACUGCGCCCCUAACUACAGAUACCAAAUUUUGUAGUUCGCCUCUAACGUAGGAAUAAAGAACCUGAAGCUGGAAGGAUUUUCACUAGAGGACUGAAACAUACACAGCAGAAGAUGCUGUGGGAGAAGCAGACAUCUGCUUAGAUGAGAUGUAAAACUUUUACUGUUUUGUUUACUUACAGAUACUUCUCAGUUGCCAGAGGCAUGUCUUAUGGUGUAUGUGACUGUUUCUUGAAGUAAUAUGCAGGACAUUGAUCAUGUUUACACAUAGUGAAAAUGAGCCUAGUGAUUAUUACCAUUAUAUUCUUCAAGCUAUGUUGUCAGUGUUUAGAUGUUAGAUGUGAAUUUUUAUUUUAUUUCAUAUACUGUCAGCAACUCUCUCAAAAUAGCAGAAUAUGAUAUACAUUUUCUUGUAUUACCCUACUGGAAGCCCGCAUCUCGUGGUCGUGCGGUAGCGUUCUCGCUUCCCACGCCCGGGUUCCCGGGUUCGAUUCCCGGCGGGGUCAGGGAUUUUCUCUGCCUCGUGAUGGCUGGGUGUUGUGUGCUGUCCUGAGGUUAGUUAGGUUUAAGUAGUUCUAAGUUCUAGGGGACUGAUGACCAUAGAUGUUAAGUCCCAUAGUGCUCAGAGCCAUUUGAACCCUACUGGAAUUUUAUAUUUACAUUACUAAUGUUCCAUUAAUUUUGUCCAACUUUUUUGCUAAGCCACAACAGUGUCAAGGAUUUCAUUUGAGGUUAAGAGUAUCUGUUGUGGCAAUUUCUUCAACUAAGUGUUUUAGUUCGUUCAUCGGUCACAGUUUAAGUGUACUGCAGUUAAGACUGUCUAAGCUCUGCUAGGUACUUACAUCACAAAAUGUGUGGGCACAAUUUGUAAAGCUCUUUUCGAAGCAUUUGUAUUCUUAUAUUGGGUAGUCUUUUUAAAAACACUGUUCGGAGGCAGUAAAAGAUAAAAGUGGGUCCCGUGUCGGGGAGCAGUUGUCUCGGCCAUUUGUAGCGAGCAUAAUGCAGAGUCUGAGAGUGAUAUUUAGAAUUUUGACAGAUGCACACUAGGCUGCUCCUCGGACACACACUUUUGGAUGUGAAUACCUCCAUUUGCUCUUGAUAAAUGAAGACUGAUGAGUUUUUUUAUGGAUAUGUUUUAUAUUGCGGUGUUUCUGAAGCUUUGUUGUUAUAUACUUUUUAUACUGAUGUAGCUCUUUAGUUUCAGUUUCGCACUGUAUUAUGUCAUAUAUUCUUCCAAUAAAUGUCUUUCACAUGGA